CCCUCCUUUUCUUCCCAUCCCCUCUCUUUCUUCUUCUCUCUUCUUCAUCACCCCGCACAUCUCAUCUCUCUUCUCUCAUCCCACCAACCAAACAAACAAGCACCAUGUCUCUCUCUCAAGGCCAGGAAAUCGAGUACAAGGAGGCCUUCGCCCUCUUCGACCCCACCAACUCUGGUGUCAUCCAGCCCAAGGCCUUCUCGGACUUCCUUGCUCUCCUCAACGACCCCGAGUUGAGCAGCAAGGUCAAGCUCCCCACCCAGCCUUUGGACUACAAGGCCUUCGCUGCCUUGAUGGCCAACAACCACAAGGGCGCCGAGACCUCUGAUGAUGCUUACGGUGCUCUCUUCAAGUCCAUCAACAAGGACGGCUCCGGCAAUGUCUCUGCUGCUGAGAUCCGUGCUGCCCUUCAGCACUUUGGCAACAGCUCCCUCUCUGAGGCUGAUGUUGACGAGAUUGUCCAUGAGGCUGAUGUCUCUGGCGAUGGUCGCGUCACUCUCGAGGAGUUCUUGAAGAUCAUGCAGAAGUCCGAGAAGAAGCUCCGUGGUGAGCACGUUCUGUAAAAAGGGACCUUCAUGUGUACCAAUAGUAUUCCCGGGGUUCAUUCUCUCUCUCUCUCUCUCACCUCCUCUUUAUCAGCACUACAAUAAUAAACAUAAACAGACUUUAAUAUAAGGCGUGCAGCAGAGACAGUAGAAAGAUAGAUGGGCGUUGCAGUUAGAGCGGAGUCAUCAGAGCACAUAACGAGCUGGACAGUAAUCCACAUCGUUGAGUUCAGAACCUUGUCC